UAUGCCACAACGUACUUACUGCUAGCUUUCGGCCCGGAUUGAAACCGACUCCGAAUAUAGUGAAGAACUUUUUUGUUGUUUUUAUAUUGUAAUACAGUGUAUAAGAAGUGAACAUAAGACCUCAUAAACAAAAGUGUUUGUCAAAAGAGUUUUCAACCCUUCAGUGACUGCCAAAACAAAACAAAUAAAUUAAUUAACUAAAAACAAUAUUCAAAACAACUGCAUUUUAAUAACAACGCAAGUCUUCUCGUAUCCGAAGUUACAUCAACUAAUGAUAUCCGGUUCCUAUAAGGACACCAAUUUUUCAACCUUCAAUAUUUUUGGAUAAAUGCAAAAUGUUUUCAGGCACUUCUUUUCUGCUCACGUCUUUUAUUGUGGUAUUCGUAAUUACGGAAACAAGAUCGCAAUGCCCCUGGCAAAGGGAUAUACUUGAACUGCAGACAUCUUGCAUAUGUGCCUACAAUUUGGGGCUGGAACUCUCCGUUCAAUGUGACCAGGUGAAAUUUCCCAUACUCAUAGAUGCCUUAAAUACAUAUGCCAAAGAAAAACCGAUCGAUUUACUUUACAUUAACAAUUCAACAAUCAAGGAAUUGCAUAAUAAGAUUUUCGCAAACCUUAGUGUGCACAAUGUUCAAUUAUCCAACUGCCAAAUAAGCAAAAUUGGCGACGAUGCUUUUUAUGGGCAAGAAGCCGUUCUUAAGAAUCUAAAUUUGCAGGACAACCUGUUGACAGAGGUACCAAUCAAAGCGGUCAAGCGCCUUAGCAAACUCAAUCUAUUAGAUUUGUCAAAGAAUCUUAUUACUAUUAUACCAGAUAGAGCUUUCUCAGGUCUAUCCAAAUUAUCUACCCUAAAGUUAAAUGACAAUAAUGUUACAUUGGAAACCGCAGCCUUCAGUGGUCUCGAAGAUUGUCUUAAAAAUUUAAACCUCAAAGGCACACGCCAACGUCGGAUUCCAGAAAGUAUUCGCGGUCUUACAAGUCUAGCAUUCCUUGAUCUUUCAUUAAAUGGUAUUAAAGAAUUACCUGGUCCUGGAGGCAUACGUACGUUCGAUGGACUGAAUUCGUUAACUGCAUUGAAUUUGGAACGUAAUUUUAUACAAAGCUUAGGCGAGACUUCAUUUGCUGGCAUUCGCAAAACUUUAAGUUCUUUGAGUUUGUUAAAUAAUUUGCUAGCCGAAUUUCCAAUCGGAGCUAUACAUGCCCUGAAAGAAUUACGAGUUUUAGAUAUAGGUUUUAAUUUGCUCACAACGUUGCCAGAAGUAGCUUUCCGUGGCAACCCAAGUAUUACAUUACUUGCCUUAGAUGGAAAUCCUUUAUCGACAGUACCUCAAAAUGCUUUCGCACAUCUGAAUUCCACGCUGCGUGGUCUAUCCCUAGGAGGCCGAUUUUUACACUGUGAUUGUAAAUUACGUUGGGUCGCUGAAUGGAUUCGCAAUAGUGAUUUACAAGUCACAUCGCGUGAACGAAAUCCUCAAUUUUGCGGUUCACCAACUCGGUUUCGGGAUCGAGGUUUCUAUUCCAUACAGCCGGAAGAAUUAACAUGCUUAGAAAAGGACAUUGUUGCAAAUAAUACUAAUGUUGAAGUGGAGCAUUUGGAAUCACCAAGUAGUAAUUCUACCUUAGACUUUCUGCCAACCACAGAUAUAAAAAAUAAAAUAGCAGAUAUUAGACCUAAUAAAGACAGCAAUCGCUCAGAAUUGUUGCCAUUUUUACCAGCCAAUAUCACCACUGCAAACACUUCGACAGGUCCUACAAAGCCAACUCCAAUCAGGACAACACCUAGUUCUACAAUAGCACCAACAAAGUUUUCAACUAUAUUGUCGUCCACAGUAGUACCUAAUUCGGCAUUUUCAGGUGUCGAAAGUUCGACAUUAACAACAAAGCCUUCUUCCUCCAGCGUAGUUACAAACUCAGUUACCACCAUUGCGCCAAAUGGUAAUGCUAGCAACAUUAACUCUCACAAUAAACAAUCACCCACUUGGCGUCAGAACACUUCUACGGCAUCACCAGUUAUAACGAACGGUACACCACACAAGCAACAGCGUCCACCGUUAGUGUUGGGAUUCCCCCCUCAACGCGGCACUCGCAUCGAUGACGCUAAUGAAGUUCAAGUAAAAAACGCUUUCCGUCAAGACAAUUCCGUCAUUAUACAAUGGGACUCAGACACAGCAAACAUACUAGGCUUUCGGGUAGUAUACCGGUUGUUUGGGGAAAAGACAUUUAAGCAGGGACCACCGCUGGAAGCAAGUGAACGAGAGUUCAAAAUAAAGAAUGUACCCUCUCAAGAAUGCAUAAUUGUUUGUGUAAUUUCGUUAGAAGAAUUGCAUGUAACUCCCGAAACUGUGCCUUAUCAGCAAUGCCGUGAAGUUCGUACAGUUGCCUCACAGACUUCUAAUAUGGACAAGAUAACAAUCGCGGCGAGUGCUGCCAUAUGUGGUACAAUUAUUGUGGCAGUCAUUGUAUUUAUAGCAGCAAGUAGACGGUCCCGCAACCUACAGAACACACAGCAGAAGAGCCCAUUGCCAAUCGGGGGAUUGCCUGUAAACUGUUGCGGGCCAGCAGGAUCACCAGGGCCCCUGGGAUCCAUUGCCACUUUAUCUGCAUUCAAUAAUCACAAGCAGGAAUGGGAUCAAGUUUCUGCAUAUAGCGGUCGAUCUAUACCGCGGCCACGCAUUUAUCCUGCGGACAAUCAAGAUGAUAUACGCGGACAUUUCUCUGGCAUACCUGGGAAGGUAGGGAAUGCGAGAUCAAUAGCCGAUGGCCAAUCUCAGCACAGCUUUUCAAAUAAUUCACAUCGCGGCUAUCUAGGCGCUGCAUUCCCUACAAACUUGAUAAACUCGCGGCCGGAGCUUCGACAAUCCCGGCAGUCUUUAGCUGCCGCAUCGGAACGUAUGUCACGCGCCUCAUACGCUGGUUCAAUACAAGGUCCGACAAGCAUAGCAUCGAGCACGCGUCGCUCACGACCUCGUUCGAGAUCACGUGAACAACUAAACGCCACACAUAUACAUAACCAUAGACCUGGAAGCCGUUACUCCCAUGCUGGUUCUACGCAUACCUUAAACAACUACUGUGACACGUCCGACAAUUGGACUGACCACGACAUGGACAUUUAUAUGGCAAGGAAUCCAACAACACGCAACGGUCUGGUGCCAUUAUGAGGGCAGGCUUUACUCACCUGAUAUUUCGAUGAUGUAUUAAAUUUAGAUGAGAUUUUCUAAUGACGCGUUAUGUUUUGACGUCCACUUGGAUUGGAGCGGCGAUAUCAACCAUGUUGUCAUCAAAACCUAACAUGUUCCCCAUAAACAAGCACAUCAAGUACGGCCAUAUCAAGUUGACCACAUUAAACACAAAAACGCGCGAUAUAAACCUAAUCAAAAUGAACUUUUACUAAAUAAUUUAAGUGCUUUCCUGAUGGUAUUUUUAAUCUUCGAUUUCGUUUCCACAAAUUAACCACUUAUAUAAGUAGAACUCAGAUGAAAAAAACGGGCCUGAUGAGAUGUAGCCUUAUGCACAUGUACUAUACAUACAUAUUAUUCUUAAGCACUUUACUUCGGACUACGACGACAAAUAAAAUAAAAAAGUAAUUUAAUGAUAAUAUUUGUAACUGAACUUAAGUACCAUAGACGAUAACAGUUUUACAUACAGGGCAACGGCAAUAAUAAAACUAGUAUGUACUUUUAACAUAAAGUCGAAAUGUUUUGAGUUGUAUAGAUAUAUAUAAGUAUAUUAAGCAUAUACACAUUUAUAUAUUUUGUAUAUACAUUUGUUUGGAUGAAUAAUUAUAAUAAAACGCCUAAUAGUAGUUAUAACACGUAUACUUAUAUA